AUGGCUUGGUUCCGACAGAGGCAAGUGGACUCUUACUCCACUUUAAAUGAGGAAUCUGCAAUAGAAAUGAAAAGACAUGAUGAAAAAUUUGAUAAGAUCAUUCGCAGAAAUUCUUUUCAAGAAACACAAGAGAUGUGCAUAGAAGAUUCUUCGAAUUAUGGAAGCUUAGAGAAUGAUAAUAAAAACAACGUAAAUAUAUCAGAGGAGAAACUGACAACCUUACAGGCUGCAUGGAAUAUCAUUAACAUGAUACAGGGAAACGUAAUUUUGAACUCUCCUUAUGUGCUGUUGGUGGGAGGGGUUCCGGGUAUUGUCCUCACUGUAGUCGUUGGUUACGUCAGUGUCCACACGUGUCGUCUGCUUAUUGACUGUCAGUAUGACGAAGAUGAACUCGGUAAUAAAUCCAAAACGAGGCACACAAUGCAUGAUAUAGCAGUUCAUAAUUUGGGAAAGAGAGCAGGCGUCUUACUUAUUGAUCUGCUCCAGAUUACGUUGAUGUUUGGAAAUUGUGUCUUUCAGCUUCUGUUUUGUGGUCAGAUGAUUUCUCCUUUAUUUCCAGAAAAUCCCGUCGGUUUCAAUGGAAUUAUUCUACUCUUCUCACUAGCCUUGUUUCCGUUCGCAUUUGUUACGUCCAUUAAAACGGUCAGUUAUUUCAGUUGUGCGAGUGUAGUGGUAACUUCCUUAUCAUACAUAGCUUUAAUCUCGUACAUGUUCUCUAAAGUUGACAAAUGGGUAAUAGAAGAAUUUCCACUCACUACAAAUAUCUAUCAAUCGUCAUUAUCGUUAGGUAUGAUUGUAUUUGGAUUUGAUUCCCAGCUUUAUGUUAAUUCUCUUGAUAACAAAUUAAAAGAAGGGUCCAACAUUAAAAAAAUGAUUGCAUGGACUCAUGUAAUGUCAGUCUUCUUGAAGAUAUUUUUUGGUAUUGUGGGUAUUUUUACUUUCGGACAACUAACGCGUGAAACAAUUACCAAUAGUAUUGACAAUAUCCCUUUGAAAUAUUUCUUUAAUAUUUUAUUUCCCAUGAAGUUUUUUCUCAUUUUUCAAUUUCCAUAUUUUGCAAUUAUCGACCUCAUCCAAGAAAAACUUUUUCAAGGAGUAAACCUAACUCGCUUUCCUUCCUGUUUAGAUAAAGAAAACUCUUUAAAAUGGUGGGCUAUUAUUCUUAGAUUAUCAUUAGUACUUUUGGUUGUGAUUGUCUGCUUAAUUUUUCCGGAUGUUGCCAUCUUGACCAGUUAUACAGGUUCCACAAUUGGUGCUUUUAUUAUGUUUCUACUUCCGGUAUAUUUUCAUCUGAAUAUGUACUGGAGGAAAAUGUAUUGGUACCAUAUUUUACACGAUUAUUUUGUGCUACUUGCCGGUGUGGUUGUUGUUUUUUGUGGUAUUUUUACAUUUGUGCAAAGAGAAAUUGUGACGAGAAUAUAGA